UGACAGAGAGUCGGCAACAAAAAAUGGCAAAGAGGUCAAUCCAUUGGUUUAGGAAAGGUCUCCGUAUCCAUGACAAUCCAUCAUUGAUUGCAGCCUGUGAAAAUGCAGUGGAUGUUAAGCCAAUCUUUAUCCUCGACCCCUGGUUUUCUGAAAAUGGCAAUGUUGGCAUCAACAGAUGGAGAUUCCUCCUGCAAACUUUACUUGACCUAGAUGCCAAUCUGAAGAAAAUAAAUUCGCGGCUAUUUGUGAUCAAAGGGAAGCCACAGGAAGUUUUAAUUGAUCUGUUCAAAAAAUGGAAUAUUACAACUCUAACCUAUGAAUUGGACACAGAACCUUACGCGAAACUCCGAGACGCAGAUGUUGAUGACCUCGCCAGAGAAUGUGGAGUUGAAGUUAUCAGAUGUGUGUCCCAUACCUUGUAUGACACAAAAAGAAUCGUAGAUAAAAAUGGUGGAUCAGCUCCUCUGACUUAUAAGAGACUUCAGACUGUUGUGUCAAUGCUUGGACUUCCUCCCAAACCUGUAGCAGAACCUUCAAAAUGCCCAACUGCAGUAUCUAUGAAUCAUGACCAACAUUACGGAGUUCCAGAUUUAAAGAGUCUUCAUAAAAAUCCAAAUGAAUGCGGGCCAUGCUUGUUUCCUGGAGGUGAGACUGAGGCUUUGAGCAGACUGGACAGAAUGAUGAAGAAAACGAAUUGGGUUUGUACUUUUGAGAAACCAAAGACAGAACCUAACUCCCUACAGCCAAGCACAACCGUCUUGAGCCCAUACCUGAAGUUUGGAUGUCUAUCAGCUAGAACUAUGUAUCACAGACUCCAUGAGAUUUAUAAACAAAAUAAGAAACACACAGCACCUCCUGUUUCACUUGAAGGUCAGCUCUUAUGGCGAGAAUUUUUCUACACAGUUGGUUCGGUCACUCCAAAUUUUGACCAGAUGGUGGACAAUCCUAUCUGUAUACAGAUCCCCUGGGAUACUAAUGUAGAGUUCUUAGCUGCAUGGAAACAGGGAAGAACCGGCUAUCCUUUUAUUGAUGCCAUCAUGACACAGUUACGAGAGGAAGGCUGGAUCCAUCACUUGGCAAGGCACGCUGUAGCCUGCUUCCUUACUAGGGGUGAUCUGUACAUCAGCUGGGAGGAGGGGAAAAAGGUAUUUGAGGAAUACCUACUGGACGCAGACUGGAGCCUUAAUGCAGCUAACUGGAUGUGGUUAUCUGCUUCCUCAUUCUUCUACCAGUACUUCAGAGUCUACAGUCCUAUUGCAUUUGGUAAAAAGACUGACAAAGAUGGCAGCUACAUCAGGAAGUAUUUGCCAGUGUUGAAGAACAUGCCAACACAGUAUAUCUACGAGCCAUGGACAGCUCCACUGAAGGUUCAAGAAAAAGCUGGGUGUAUUAUUGGCAAGGAUUAUCCCAAACCAAUAGUUGAACACGAUAAGAUUCGCCCUAUCAACAUUCAACGCAUGGCUCAGGCAUACAAGAACAGGCCAGACAAGUCAUGCAGUGGUGAGACAAAAGGGAAAGGUCAAAAGAGAAAACCUGAACUGAAAACAGAAGAAAGGAAUUCAAAGAAGGCCAAAACAACCAGCAAAACAAAUAAAAAGAUCACAGACUUCAUGAAAGAAGGAAAAUGAAUCGCUCGAUGUCAGUACCAGUUUAUAGAACAAGGACUGAACUGUUAAGAUUUAUGUUUAGUUUGAUAAAGAAACAAGAACUGAACUGUUAAUGUGUCUGUUUAGUUUGAUAAAGUAACAAGAACUGAACUGUUAAGGUGUCUGUUUAGUUUGAUAAAGAAACAAGAACUGAACUGUUAA